AUGUCAAGCGGCAACACGCAAACUCGCAAGCUGGGCCAGCAUGGGCCAACAAUUCCAGCUAUUGGCCUUGGUCUCAUGGGGAUGUCGAUCUUCUAUGGAAAGCCUGGUAGUGAUGAGGAGCGUUUCACUCUGCUCGACAAGGCCCUCGAACUUGGCGCCACCCACUGGGACAGCGCCGCUCUUUAUGGAGACAGCGAAGUGCUAUUGGGCAAAUGGUUCAAACGAACCGGCAAAAGAGACCAAAUCUUCCUCACCAGCAAAUUCGGCUUUGCUAAAGGCUUCGCCGACCCAACCGUGAUUGACAGCUCGGGAGAAUAUGCCAAGAAGUCUUGCCAGGAGAGUUUGGACCGCCUCGGGACCGACUAUAUUGAUCUAUAUUAUAUGCACCGCGCAAACCCUGCCACCCCAAUCGAGGAUACUAUGCGUGGGCUGGCGGAACUAAAGAGGGAGGGCAAGAUCAAGUACAUCGGCUUGUCUGAGGUCAGCUCUAGCACUCUGCGACGCGCCUGCAAGAUCGCCCACGUCGAUGCCGUCCAAAUUGAAUACUCGCCAUUCGUCCUGGAUGUUGAGAACUCGGUCGGCACCCAUCUUCUCAAGACCUGUCGCGAGCUUGGAGUUGCCGUCGUCGCCUAUUCGCCACUGGGACGAGGUAUUCUUACAGGAGCCUUCAUCACUAAGGAAUCUUUCCAGAAGGACGGGGACUACCGCACCAUCAUGCCGUGGUUUCAAGACGGCAACUUCGACCGCAACGUGACACUCGUGAACCAGUUCAGGGAGCUGGCCGACAAGAAGGGUUGCAAGCCUUCACAGCUAGCCAUUGCCUGGCUGCUCAAGCAGGGCGACGACAUCAUCCCCAUUCCUGGAACGAAGCAGAUCAAGUACCUCGAGGAAAACUGGGCUUCUCAGUACGUCCAGCUAACAGACGAGGAUGAAAAGGAGAUUAGAAGAUUCGUUGAGGCAGCUGAAAUCGCAGGUUCUCGAGGGGCACCAGGAUUCACAGACACCGCAGAGGAGAAAUAA